CCCCAGUCAGGCUGCCCAUCACCCUCCAUUCCAGCAGGUAAAGUCAUUUCUCCAUCACAGAAGCACAGCAAGAAGGCACUAAAGCAGGCUCUAAAGCAGCAACAGCAGAAGAAGCAGCAGCAGCAAUGCAGGCCAAGCAUGUCUAUCUCCUCCAACCAGCAUCUUUCUCUGAAGACUGUCAAAGCAGCCGGUGACUCUGUGCCUGCCAAGCCUGCAAUAUGGGAAGGAAAGCAAUCGGAUGGCCAGUCAAGCAGCCCCCAGAACUCAAACUCCAGUUUUUGUUCCUCAGUUAAAAUGGAAAAUCCUUUGCUAGGCUUGGGGAAGAAGUCAUUCCAGAGGUCUGACAGGCUCCAUACAAGACAAAUGAAAAGGACUAAAUGUGCUGAAAUUGACGUUGAGACACCAGACUCCAUUCUGGUUAAUACAAAUCUGCGAGCAUUGAUCAAUAAACACACCUUUUCAGUUCUACCUGGAGACUGUCAACAACGACUGCUUCUGCUGCUUCCAGAAGUGGAUCGACAGGUUGGUCCAGAUGGUUUGAUGAAGUUAAAUGGUUCAGCCCUUAACAAUGAGUUCUUCACUUCAGCAGCCCAAGGCUGGAAGGAAAGACUAUCAGAAGGUGAGUUUACACCUGAGAUGCAGGUGAGAAUUCGACAAGAGAUUGAAAAGGAGAAAAAAGUGGAGCCAUGGAAAGAACAAUUCUUUGAAAGCUACUAUGGUCAAAGUUCUGGUCUGAGCCUUGAAGAUUCAAAGAAAUUGAUAGCUUCAACAAGUGAUCCCAAAGUAAAGAAAAUCCCAACUGAGCAACCAAGAUCCAUGCUCCCUUCCGAGGCCUCUCCUGUCAGAAUAGCCCCAGUGGUUCCCCAGUCAGAGUCCAAAGAAGAAGCAGUGCAAAUGCCAUCACCAGUGAGAAAAGAAGUACAUGAGAGCCAAGAUAAGGUGCAUUCAAACUUCUCCAAAUCCACAGAGCCCCUACUUUCUUCAGCCAGCAGUACCAAUGAGCUUAGCAGCAUUCUUCCCAUCAAAUGCCCAAAGGAUGAAGAUCUCUUAGAACAGAAGCCAGUUGCUGAACAGGAGCCUGAGAAAGAGAAUCAUCUCACCACAUCUUCUAAUUGUAACACAAAUGAAAGCCCAGAUGCUUUAGUUACAUCCCCAAGCAAACCCAAGAGUCCUGGAGUGGAAAAACCAAUAGUGAAGCCUGUAGUAGAAGAAGCGGGUUCACAGGAGACUGCUAUGAAAGAGCCUCCCUCAACUCUUGUUGAUCAGAGCCCAGAAGGCCUCAAGAGGAAAUCUCUCACCCACGAAGAGCCCCCUGUGAGCUGGGAGAAGAGGCCACGUGUCACUGACAGUUGCCAGCACCAGCAGCCAUUUCAGUGCUCGCCACAGCCCUUUCUCAAUAGAGGGGACAGGGUCCAGGUGCGAAGAGUACCACCUCUCAAGAUCCCGGUCUCCAGAAUCUCCCUUAUGCCAUUUCCUACAUCGCAGGUCUCUCCCAGGGCUCGUUUUCCAGUCUCCAUCACUAGUCCUAACAGAACAGGAGCCAGAACCCUUGCAGACAUCAAAGCAAAAGCCCAACUGGUCAAAGCACAGAGGGCAGCUGCUGCAGCCGCCGCUGCAGCUGCUGCAGCCGCCUCCAUUGGAGGGACCAUUCCAGGACCUGGCCCAGGGGGUGGACAAGGUCCAGGAGAGGGUGAUGAAAGGAAAACUGCUAGGGGAGGGAGUCCAGGCUCAGACAGAGUCAAUGAAACUAGAAAGGACCCCAUACUGGAACUGGCAGGAACUGGAAGCAGGGGAGGUACGAGAGAGCUUUUACCCUGUGGUCCAGAGACUCAGCCCCAGUCUGAGACCAAGAACCCAGGGCAGGCACAGCCUCAUAGUGUCUCUGGAGCACAACUACAGCAAACCCCCGCAGUGCCUCCCACAUCUGCUGUCAGUGGAGCAUGCACAAGUGUCUCAUCACCAGCCCACACUAACCCACCCCCACCAGCUUUAGAGAAAUUGAAUAGUGAAAAACUGAACCCCACCCGGACAACAGCCACAGGGGCCUCUCUCAACCACCCUCAAGGGUCCAAUAAGUGCAGACAGGAGAAAGCACCUUCUGCUCCAGCAGGUUUCCAAUUAGAAGACAUCUCCACAAGCCAGAGGUUCAUGCUGGGUUUUGCUGGCAGAAGGACAUCCAAGCCUGCAAUGUCAGGCCACUACUUACUUAACAUUUCUACCUAUGGCAGAGUUUCAGAGAGCUUUAGGAGGACCCAUUCUGUAAACCCUGAAGACCGAUUUUGUCUAAGUAGCCCCACUGAGGCCUUGAAAAUGGGAUAUACAGACUGUAAGAAAGCCACAGGAGAUAGCAGCAGUGGCAAAGAAGACGAUACUGAUGAGGAGAGUACUGGUGAUGAACAGGAAUCUCUCGUGGUGAAGAAGGAACCCUUGGCUCCCCUGAGUUCUGACAAGUGUGAAGCAGGUUCGGGACUCCACAGUAGGGAAGCCCUGUCCACCAAUGAUUGCUCAGCUAACAAGAACGUGAAGGCAGAGACACCAGUGAAUGAGCACACCACUUUAAGCAAAGAGAGUUACCUGUUCACUAGAGGCCAAACAUUCGAUGAAAAGACCCUAGCCAGAGAUUUUAUUCAGGCAGCACAGAAGCAGAUGGCUCAUGCAGUAAGAGGUAAGAUGAUGGGUAGUAGCCCUGAGCUUUUCAGUUCUAAUGCUCUUCCUGUACCUGCAGACAGCCCCACCCAAAAGCCUCUGCUGCUUCCGCCGCUGCAAUCCUCAAAGCUGUAUGGAAGCCCUGCACAGAUAGGGCCAAGCUACAGAGGCAUGAUCAACGUCUCCACCUCAUCUGACAUGGACCAUAGCUCUGCUGUGCCGGGUAUGCCUGACUGUAGCCAGGUAUCUAGCAAUGUAGGUGAUGUUAUGUCCUUUUCAGUGACUGUCACUACCAUCCCUGCUAGCCAAGCUAUGAAUCCCAGCAACCACGGCCAGACUAUUCCUGUCCAGGCCUUUCCCGAAGAGAACAGCAUAGAGGACACACCUUCGAAAUGUUAUUGCCGUUUGAAAGCCAUGAUCAUGUGCAAAGGGUGUGGCGCUUUCUGCCAUGAUGAUUGCAUUGGCCCCUCUAAACUGUGUGUCUCCUGUCUUGUUGUUCGGUAAUGAAACUAGAAAGAAUACACUGUAAAGGAGAAGGGGAAGGAAGAGUUGACAAGAUGUCUUUUUUGCGUCCUUUUGGAAUCACAGAAAUAAAUAGAUU